ACAAGGAGGAGAGAAUUUGAUAUAAGUGAAGCUGCAUUUGAAAGAAUCGUAAGGGAGGUGGCAGGGCCAGGAGUAAGAUUUGGAGCAGUUACAGUAAUCGCACAUAGUCCUGUAAUACUACUAGUAAAUGAAUGGCAUUUUUGUCUUCCAAGUAAAGUAUGUCGGGAUGAAAUGUUGCAUUAUAAAAAUCUUAAAAGUAGAAGUGCAAUCGAAUUACAGCAACAUGCAUUAGAACAAAGUUUACAUCAAAUUAAUUUGAGUAGUAAUGCUAAAGGUGAAGAUCCCAAUUCUAUUCUUGAAGGUGAUAAUGAUGACAUUAAAGAAUCUGCAGAUGACAUUUAG